AUGUGGCAACAACGGUCUAGUGUUCAGUGGUUGAAGAAUAGGGAUCAGAAUACUAAGUUUUUUCAUGGGAUUGCUACUCAAAGGAAGAGGAAGAAUUUUAUUAAGGGGUUGCGUGAUGGGAAUGGGGUUUGGCAAGAGGAUGAAGAGGAUUUAGAUCGUGUGUUGGAUGGGGUGAAUGAUGUAGUAACUGAUGAUAUAAGAGCAGAACUUGAUAGACCUUUCACAAGUGAGGAGGUGGGAGAAGCAAUUAAGGGGAUGGCUCUCCACUUAAAGCCCCUAGUCCGAAUGAGUGCUUUUAUUGCUGAUCGUUUGAUUACUGAUAAUAUUUUAAUUGCUUUUGAGUCUUUGCAUCAUAUGAAGAAUAGUUGUUCAAGCAAGAAAGGUUUUAUGGCUAUGAAAUUGGAUAUGAGCAAGGCUUAUGAUAGGGUGGAGUGGGUUUUUCUUGAAAAAAUUCUCCUCAAGAUGGGAUUUGCAGAUACAUGGGUGGCUUUGAUUAUGGAGUGUAUUACUACGGUGUCAUAUUCUAUUCUUGUGAAUGGUGAACCAAAGGAUGUGAUUGUUCCCUCUCGUGGUUUACGACAAGGGGAUCCUCUCUCCCCUUAUUUGUUCCUCUUUUGUGCUGAAGGGUUGAAUGCUCUCUUACAGAAUGCUGCAAAUGAAGGAAUGAUCAAUAAGGAGAAGACUACUCUCUUUUUCAGCAGGAAUACAGAUGAAGCUACUCAGGAAGCUCUAAAAGUGGGCCUUGGUGUUCCAGUCAUCAAAAAUUAUGAGAAAUAUUUGGAGUUGCCCUCCUUUUUAGGGAGGGAAGUUAUGAUUAAGGCAGUGGUCCAAUCUAUCCCGGUUUAUUCCAUGAGCGUCUUCAAGCUUCCGGUGGGUCUUUGCAAAGAUAUUGAAGCCAUGAUACAGAAAUUUUGGUGGGGUAGUGGGGAUGCAAGAAAAAUUCAUUGGGUUAAAUGGAGCUCUUUAUGUUCUUCUAAAUCAAUUGGUGGCAUGGGGUUUAGGGACUUUCAGAAGUUCAAUCAGGCAUUAUUGGCUAAACAGAGUAUUUUGACUACACGUGGUGUCAUUGAGAAAGGAGCGAUAUGGAGGGUAGGUAGUGGACAAAUGAUAGAUGUUUGGCAUCAUAGGUGGCUGCCUGAUCUCAACCAUAGUAAAAUUAUUUCACCCUACACCAAUAAUGAUGUUAGUUGGAUGUGUGAUCUCUUCCUACCUAGUACACGGACUUGGGACCCGGGGCGUCUGGCAAGCUGUUUUUUACCAUGGGAAGCGGAUAUGGUGCGCAAAAUCCAGUCGCUGCCAAGUUCUUCUGCUCCUACUGGUGAUGGUUCGGUGUGGAAGAAAAUCUGGAAGGUCCAUGUUCCUCAUAAAAUUAGACAUUUCUUGUGGCGUGCUGCAAAGGAUUCUUUGCCCACAAAACAGAACUUGGUGGCUUGGCAUAUCCCUGUUGGUAAUGUUUGUGAUGGCUGUGAUGAUUAUUCAGAAUCGGUGAUGCAUGCGUUAUGGCUUUGUGAUCAAGUUCGUUCGGUUUGGAUGACGGAUCCAGGUUUUUUGUUUUUGGUUCAGGCAAAGUGUAGGACGUUUUUGGAGCUGUUGGAGGUUUUGUUUAAUCAUGGUUCAUGUUAUCGUGUUGCACUUUUUGCUACUGUGGCGUGGUGUCUGUGGCAGUUCCGUAACAGGUUGAGAGAGCGCCAGUUAGUGUGGCCGUUGCAUGAACUGGGUGAGCGAGCUCAGGGCUUAGUUGAUGAGUUUUGGGAAGUUAAUCCUCAAGUGCAAAGUGCGCCAGUGCGUCGGCCCCUGAUUAUUGGAGCUUUGCGGCAGAAUAUUAGCUCGAUUCAGUCUGUUGAAAUGGGUGAAGCUUUGGCAGCUCGUAGGGCAGUGAGGUUUGCUGCAGAGUUGUGUGUGUUUCAAGUGAUUAUUGAAGGUGAUUGUAGUCGGGUUAUUGUUGCUUUGAAAGGCUUUGAUCACUGUCGUACUUUGUUUGGUCACAUUAUUGAUGAAUCUAAGCAAAUUGGAGGAACGUUGAGGAGCUGUUUGUUUCAGCAUGUUCGAUGUGAGGGGAAUAGGUUAGCUCAUUGUUUAGCUAAAAAAGCAGUUUUAUCUACAGAUACUGAUGUAUGGGUAGAAUCUCUGCCUGAGGAUGUGGAAGAUGUUUUCCAUUCGGAUUUGCCUUGA